AUGAGUGGUAAAAUAUUCUCUAUUGAUAGUUUAGAGAUAUUGAAAUCCACUUUUGAAGAUAUUUUGCAAGUACUCUUACAAGAAAGAGAAGCGUUUGAAGCUGGAGUUUGUUUUGGGUCACAUUGCGAACACAUUUGUUUGAAGUCGUUAGAGUCCCUUUCAGGAUUAUUAAGAAAAUACGAAAUAUCGUGGAUAGAUAUUGUUAAAGAACACGAAAUAUUUCUUUCUUUAAUAUUUUCGAAAAAUUUUAAUGUACGAGAGAGCAUUUUCAGCAUAAUUUCGAACGGAUUGCACACCAAAGAAACUUUUGGACUGUUAGAGAAAUCAAACCCAAAGCUGGUAGAAUUAAUAGUGAGCAAACUUUCCAGCGCAGAUACUGACAUAGUUAAGGAUCAAUGCAUUUGGAUAAUAUGUAAAUACAUUUCUCUAAGCUCAGAGCCUUUGAAUAGAUUUUUGGAAUGUAUUCCAUUCCCACAAUUAUUCAAUCUAGGAGAUAGAAAUUUAGAAUCUGUAACUGCUCUUAUAUAUCAAUUAUUACUGAGGGAUCCAUCUUCACAGAGUAAGGUUCUCUUUGAAAACAGUUCUUUAAAUUAUAUAUUGCAAAAAUUAGAGGAUGUAGCCUAUUUAGGAACAAUCUCUUAUAAUUCCUUAGAAAAUUUAUUGAAAGUUGUUAAGAAAAUCAUACAAAACAAUAAUGAUAUUGCUUCAUACCUGAUCAGAGACACUACAUUGGUGGAUAAUAUACAAAAGAUUGUUGGAACAUUACUAACAGUUAAGAAAACUGACAAAUUGAUAGAAUUAGCGUUUUGUAUUAUGAAUAAUCUAGUUGCAUUUGCCAAAAAUGAUGAUCUAUCUCUAGAAUAUUUGAAAACUAGGGAAAAUACUCUAAAAAUUAUUUCUGCUACCCUCCAGUCAUCACUCUCUAUUAAUGUGAAUAUAACAGUUUCAAAAUAUGUAACAACCCUAAUUGGAAGAAAAUGUUUUCCAUAUAAUUCUGAACUAGGAGAAAAUGAAUAUGUGAUGCAAAUAGUGGACGAGAUUCAACGAUUGUACUAUUCAAGUCAAGAUAACUUUUUUGCAAAUAUCGAUUGUGAGGAAUGUUUUAUACUUGGUAAAUCUCUAUCUUGGAUUCUGAACAUUUACACAACCACAAAAGAAAAGGUUCAAGAGUCUAUAAUUGAGAGUAAUUGUACAUUCAACAGAAAGAUUGUUUCUUCCCUUUCUAUCGAUUUUAUGCACACCUCCAGGUCAGAAAAGUGUAACAGUAUUGAUAAGCUAAAACAUCAACUUGUCCUCAACCUUUCCAUUUUCCAACACUUAUUUCUAUCUAACCAUGCCAAGAAGGUAUCUAAUGACUUUAACCUAUUUCAAGAUCUAAAAUAUAUUUGGUUCUCUGAUUUUACAGACUCAGAAAUAAGGUUAUCAUUGCUUUACGUUUAUCUAAAUAUGGUCACUAAUUGUGAGAGAAGCAAACUUGAGUUUGCAAAAGAUAUUAACAAGAACAAAAACAAUUCUCUUCUACUUGAUAUUGUUAGCGGAUCAUUAUCAGCCAAAAGCAAGCUCACUAAUAGUCAUGCCUAUUUCAUGUUAUUAAGUUCUCUGAUUAGUACAGGAGAGGUUAGAUAUUCCAUGUUAAAGUAUGGACUAGUUGAUAAAAUCAUCAAUGGUCUUAAAGAAAUAUUUAUCAAGAAGAAAGAUGACACAAGAAUGGAAUACUGUUUAAAGCUGUUGUCUCAUUUGUCAUUCUUUGAAGAUUGCCAUGAAUCUUUCUUACAAUCUGAUACUAUUGACCAUUUAUUUGAACAAUUCGAAAAAAGCCCAAACGAAGCAGUGAAAGAAUAUCUCGUUAUAAUAUUCAGAAAUCUACUAUUUUGUAGAAGUAUGAGCACCUUAAUAUUAAGAGUGGAAGAAUUGUGUGUUUUAGUUCUAAAAAUAGCAACACUUCUCAAAGGUAAUACAUCCAUCAUGUAUUAUUCCGCCAACUUAAUGUGGACCUACCUUUCACUUUAUGUUGAUGUAAGUUGUUAG